UCACGCGACGGUGGGCGGCCGGGAGUUGUUGUUAGGAAGGCGUCGUUGCUAAGGAAGCAACCGUGGAGGAGGGGGAACGGCGAUCGAGACGCGGCUCGGAGUCCUGCUGAAACUGACUGGACACAGGGUCCGGCCCGGCCUCCCGGGCUCCCGCCGCAAGUAUGGUCAAGUUGGCGGCCAAGUGCAUCUUGGCGGGCGAUGCCACGGUGGGCAAGAGCGCCCUGGCUCAGAUGUUCCGGAGCGACGGGGCUCAUUUCCAGAAGAACUACACCUUGACGACGGGGGUGGAUUUGCUGGUGAAGCACUUGGCAGUCCCUGACACGAACGACAGCGUGGAGCUCUUCAUCUUUGAUUCUGCGGGCAAGGAGCUGUUUUCAGAAAUGCUGGAGAAGCUGUGGGAACAUCCCAACCUCUUAUGCCUUGUGUUUGACGUGACCAACGAACAGUCUUUCAGUAACUGUGCCAAGUGGCUGGAGAGGGUGCGGGCCCAGAUUCAAGGCUCUUCUCUUCCAGGUGUUUUAGUCGGGAACAAGACUGACCUGGCUGGCCGGCGAGUGGUGGAGGCGAGUCGAGCCCGAGAAUGGGCCGGGAGCCACGGCCUGGAGUAUUUCGAAACGUCCGCUAAGGAGAUGGAGAACUUCGAAGCCCCGUUCCGCUGUUUGGCCAAACAGUUCCACCAGCUGUACCGGGAGAGGCUGGAGCUGUUUCACUCGCUGGUGUGAGCGUCCCCCACGCCGUGUAUGUCGUGCCGUCGCGCUUCGGAGAAAUAGUGUUAGGAAAAUAAAUUGCAGAGCUGUGCUUUCUUGCAAUCGCAGCUCGUGGA